CAUUGACCACGGCACUUCUGUUCACAGGAGGAACGCCCCCCUCGCCACCGCUCCAGGAAAGGGGGUUCCGUGGGUGGCGUGUGCUACCUGUCCAUGGGCAUGGUCGUACUGCUCAUGGGCCUCGUCUUUGCCUCUGUCUACAUCUACAGAUACUUCUUCCUUGCUCAGCUGGCCCGGGAUAACCUCUUCCACUGUGGCGUGCUCUAUGAAGACUCCCUGUCCUCCCAGAUCCGGACUCGGAUGGAGCUGGAGGAAGAUGUGAAGAUCUAUCUUGAGGAGAACUAUGAGCGUAUCAAUGUCCCCGUGCCCCAGUUUGGUGGUGGGGACCCUGCAGACAUCAUCCAUGACUUCCAGCGGGGUCUCACUGCCUACCACGACAUCUCCCUGGACAAGUGCUACGUCAUCGAACUCAACACCACCAUUGUGCUACCCCCGCGAAACUUCUGGGAACUCCUCAUGAAUGUGAAGAGAGGGACGUACCUCCCACAGACGUACAUCAUCCAGGAGGAGAUGGUGGUAACGGAGCAUGUCAGUGACAAGGAGGCUCUGGGUUCCUUCAUCUACCAUCUGUGCAACGGGAAGGACACCUACCGACUGCGACGCCGGGCCACCCGGAGGCGGAUCAACAAACGUGGGGCCAAGGACUGCAAUGCCAUCCGCCACUUUGAGAACACCUUUGUGGUGGAGACGCUCAUCUGCGGGGUGGUGUGAGGCCUUCUGUCUAGGCCCACCCCUGCCCUCUUCUCUCUCCUUCUGGCCACUCUCUGGCCCCCCUCCUCCCUUUGCUUAUUAGCUUGUAACUUGGGCACUUUUCCAUAGACGUGACAUGUCCCGCUACCCUUUCCAGCCCCAGCCCCAGCCCCAUCCUAAUCCCCGUACCAGGGCUGUGAUCUCUCGAGGGGACCUCUGAGACUGCUUGUCUUUCAGGUGUGAGGCGGGAGGGGACAGUUGCCCAAGAUGGUUUCCGUAACCCAUUGUUUUAAGUCAGCUCCCCAGUGGCUGGGCCAAGGGGAAGGACUAAAGGGAGGGCAGGGGCAAGGCCUGGCAUGGGGUUCAGAAUAGCCCCCCACAUUUGGGGAAGUCCCGAAAGACUUUUUUUUCUUGCACAGCACACUUCUUCCUCCGUUCUCCUGGUUCUGAGGCCUAAGUGUGGACGUAGGAUGGGGAAAUGUGUCCUGGGUUGGACCUGUCAGAGCCCAAGAGAAGGUGGCUAUCCUGGGGUCAGGGCCUUCAUCCUACCAGCAGGAGCCUGGAGUUUGAGGGUGGGAAUGAGUCUGCCAAGCACAAUUGUUCUGAGUGGAACCAAAGAAAGGAGGAGCUGGGCCGCCCUGGUCUGGCACCUAGGAGCCCAGGAGCAGGUGGGUACAGCUGUGGUAAGCUACAGGCCCUGGGCAGCGGAUGAAGCCCAUGCAUCCUCCAUGCCUUGGCUUCUGUGAACGAUGGAGGCGGGAAGGAGAGCCACCUGGUACUUUGGUCCCUGCUUCCUCUUCCGUUCUGGAUCCAGCCCCUCUGUCCAGGGGUGCGUGAUGUUUCUCCUCCUCCUGCAUGUUUAUAACGAUGUUCGAGCUGGCCACCUGGGUGAGGCUUUGGUGCCUCGGGUCAGACCUGGGUUCUCCAUGGCAGUGAAGCACUCAAAUGCUUUGUAUAUUUUCUCUAUUAGAUCUCUUUUCAGAAGUGUCUAGAAAAUUAAAA